AUGUUGCGAAUACCGGUCAGAAGUGGUAUUUCACAAAAGUCAUUAAAAAUACGAACAAAAUCGUCUAGCGCGUAUAUAAGAAAAUCUUUUAUAGACUAUUUUAUAGUAAAUCACGGACACAAGUAUGUUAAAUCUAGUUCUGUUGUUCCACUAUGCGAUCCAACUGUACCGUUUGUAAAUGCAGGAAUGAACCAGUUUAAAGGAGUAUUUCUUGGCACAGUUGACCCUCCAAGCGCCAGAGCAGUAAAUUCCCAGAAAUGUGUGAGAGUAGGUGGUAAGCACAAUGAUUUAGAUCUAGUUGGCUUAGAUAGUACUCACCACACAUUCUUUGAGAUGCUUGGCAACUGGUCAUUUGGGGACUAUUAUAAGAAAGAAGCCUGCAAGAUGGCAUGGGACCUCCUUCUCGGACCAUACAGAUUAAAACCUGAUAAUUUGCUUGUCACUUAUUUUGGUGGAGAUGUCAGUAUUGGCCUCACUGAGGACAGGGAGUGUAGGGAUAUUUGGAAAGAGAUAGGUGUCCCAUCAAGUCAUCUUAAGGAUUGCGAUGCAAAGGACAACUUCUGGGAGAUGGGUUUAACUGGCCCUUGUGGGCCCUGUACAGAAAUACACUACAUACACCCAGAUGGGAGCCUUACUGAAAUAUGGAAUCUAGUCUUUAUACAAUGUAAUAGAGAAGCCAAUGGUAAAGUGUCUCAUCUUCGGAAACACCAUGUUGAUACAGGAAUGGGAUUGGAAAGAAUGUCUGCACUCUUACAGGGUGUUCCAUCUAAUUAUGACACAGACUUGUUUCGACCAAUCAUAGCUGCUAUUGAGAAGAACAGUAAGGUUUCAGCAUAUGGCAGUAGCUAUAGUAAAGAUGCCAUUUUAGAUCAAAAUUAUCGACGUCUUGCGGAUCACGCUAGAAUGAUAAGUGUAUGUUUGGCUGAUGGAGUAUUUCCUGCUACAAGUUUGAACCUAAAGCAAAUAAUGCGCAAAUCUUUUAAGAUCUGCUCCGAUGUCUUUCAAAAUCCCAAUCUUCUCAAUAUCCUUUACAAACAUGUAGCAGAAAUCCUUGGGAACACAUAUCCCGAACUGAGUAUCAAAGAGAAAGAUGCCAUAUUAAUAUUAGAACACGAGGGGGAUAGCUAUCGUAAGAUGCGUUCAAAUUUGAAAAAGAAAUGGAAAGAUUUAGUCAAACAAUAUCCUGAAGUUGAGGUCCUAAGUGAUGUUGAAUUAGCUGGUUUUGCACUUGGAUAUAAAGAGUUUAAGGAGAGUGUGAAGAAGUGUGAAUCCAAAAUAAUACCAGGAGAAGUUGUUUUUAAGCUGUACGACACACAUGGGUUCCAAGAAGACAUAAUCGAGAGAAUAGCUCUUCUAAACAAUAUGGAGAUUGACAAGAAGGGCUUCUGGAAACUCCUGUCGCAACAUAAAAUGCGACACAAAGCGUCCUUCAAGGAGCAAAAUGAUAGAAAAGGAGUGUUAUUUGAUGAAGCAUUAGAAACAAUAGUUAAAAGUGGCGUUAAACGCACCGAUGAUGAAAGUAAAUAUAAGUACAGAGUCGUGGACGAUAAAGUCUCAUUCCCACCAUUAAGAACAAGGGUAGUCGCGAUACUCAAUGAAAAUGCCGAAUGGAUUGACUUUUUAGAAGCAUGCGAAACUAGACCAUACUAUGUUGUGACUGAAAGCACAAAUUUCUAUACAGAAGCCGGUGGCCAAAUAUGCGACACUGGAAUAAUAAAGUUUAACAAAGACAUUAAAUUAAUCGUAGAUAGUGCGUUUAAAAUCCGUGACUUUGUCAUACACAAAGGAUGUUUUAAAAUACUUAGCGAUAGUAAAUAUGUGAGAAAUAAUGACGACGUGAUAUUAGAAAUAAAUAAUGAUAGACGGUUGAGUUUAAUGAGGAAUCACAGUGGUGUACAUUUACUGAAUGCGGCAAUACGCAGAGUCUUGCCAGAUAGUGUGGUUUGUCAAAUUGGAUCCAAGGUCAGUGCGACAGGACUAAGUUUGAGUCUAGUUGUGUAUGGAGAGAAGUUGUCUCAGAAACGGAUGCUAGCAGCUGAGCAAUUAAUACGGGAAUCGAUACAAUCAAAGGCACCUGUCGCUACAAGAAUAAUAGAUAGUACACAAUUGACUGGUGAAGAUGCUGUAAUGACUGUCCCUGGUGAGACAUAUCCAGAAAAAGGGCUUCGAUUAGUCACUUAUUCAGCUCCUUUGAUCUCUAGGGAAUUAUGUUGUGGAACGCACGUCCCUCAUGCUGGUGUCAUCGACGACUUUUGUUUAACUUCAGUCAAAGGGGCGACAACCCAUACGCCCACUUUGUAUGCGCUAACUGGCGAUUAUGCGACACAGGCCCGAGAAUUAUUCUGUCGAACGGAAAAAUUAUCGCAAGUGAUAGAUUUAGCUGAUCCUGAACGAGUAAAGGAAGAAGUGGAUAGCAUUCGUCAACAACUGGCAACCCUUUGUGAGGUGGGGGCACCGUGUGGCGAGCAUUUGGCUUGCCAGAAAUUGCUCGAUACUCUGCUCAAGAAAGCGGCCAAUCGAAACGACGUUGCUUUGCAAUCAAUAGCGGAAACUGAAAUACACGAAGCCUGCUACGAAGCUGUGCGCCAAGGGCGCCGCUUUGUCGUCCACUUUCUUCGCUGUUCCUACCUCAUGCAACCACGCGCUGCCGCUCUUUCUUUAGCUAACACUCGUACCUACCCGCAAACAACGAUGGAUAUAGCGUCAAACAAAAGUUUGCAUCAAAACACAGACACAGGAGAUUAUAUAAGAACUUAUUCUAAAAGUCCGAGCACAGACACUUCGCAAAUCGUAGAUGAGAUCAUCGACAAUACAGGACAUUUACACCCCAGCAUAGACAAACAAGCGCCUUUGGACACGGCUACAUCACAGGUUCAAAUAAGUGACGUCGCGAGCGGGGAACUCCCUGCAAUGUUGAUGGGAUGCGCCGGAGGUGUUAUCGUUGCCGUCGCUAGAGUGCCACAGGAGCUGGUUAGUGAAACAUUUACAGCAGAGAAGUGGCUCAGCUGUAUUCUGCCGAUCUUCCAAGCGGAGAUAUUGCCAAACACGACGGGUACUUCCCCGCUCACGCAUGCGCAAAUGAAUGCUACUAAAGUUAGCCUUAUAAACUGCGAGCAGAUGGUUCAAGACGCGAUGCGGGUUGCAAUCAAGUUUGCUCAGUCCCAUAUAAAAGACUUAGGAGAUGGUGUAGGACCCACAGAAAAUAGACAACAAAACUAG